AUGCCUGCAGCGAUGUUCAUGGUGUGCUGUGCAGCUAUGUGGGGAGCUGUUAUGGGAAUGUCAUGGGCAUUGAGAGGAAACGAUCGAAUCUGUGAAAGUAUGAUGCCCAUUGGAGAUUUUGGGGACGAGAAAUGGAUUUUCGUUAAUGGCGCCUGCACGAGCUACACUCAGAUGAUGCAUCAUCUCACUCGCUUGGGCAUCAUUUUCCACCGCCGCAUAACCGGAAUUCACAAUCGCACCUUAGGACUUCCUCUCGACCUUCUGCUACACUUUCUCUCUAUAAUUAUGCCUAUCCACCGCAGUCUAUAUUCGCAACUUCGCGAAAGUCUUUUGGCACCUAGUACUCGGAAAGUUGUCAUCCUGUCGCAUUCAACCGGGUCCAAGGUAGUUUCUGAUAUUCUCGACCAAUUGCACGCCGAUUUACCACCAACUCUGAUGUCGAAAUUGGAGAUUUACACUUUUGGGGCCGCAGGUGGAUCAUUCUCAAAUCCAUUGCUUAGUUCGCUAUGUAUGGAACUUGAUGCUCUUGGAGAAAACGAUAGUGCGAAUAUGAAAGCAUCUUGUGAACGUGUGAUACCCCAUAUCGAACAUUAUCUUCCUCUUACUUCUUCUCCCUUAUCUACUAUGUCGAUUUUAAAUCCGGUCUUACACACUCUGGACUCUCGGUUUUGUGGUAGAAUGUUUAUAUUGAAUGGAUUUCAACCGGUGUUGUUUGAGCAGUAUUUGGAUAUCAUGUUCAAUUGGCGGAACUCUGCAACCGCAGUCGAUGGAUCUGAACGACGAGGUUUCUGGGAUGAGAUUGUCAGAGUUGAUAGUGACACGGCUGAAAAGAGAGAAUUUACGGCAGGAGCAAGAGGUGCAGUGGGAAUGGGUAGUGGAGAGAGAAGAUGGAGUGGGAUGAUGCAGAUGGAGAAGGAAGGGAGGAGAAGACCGGGUAGUUGGAAUUGGUCGAAGAUGGGGAUGGAUGGGGUAGGGAUGGCGAGAAGGGAGGCGAAGGCUUUGGAAGGGAAGAGGAUGAGGGAGGUGGGGAGGUUGGGUGGUUAUGAGGGUGGUGGAAGGUUGAGUGUUGCUUGGUUUGAGGGAAAAGGAAUUGAUGAAACUAAUGGUGGUAGUUGGACCAUUGAGGGGGAUGAGGAAGAAAACGACGCCGAUUUGGAUAUGUUAGUAGCAGUAUGGUUUUAA